AUGCACAUGUUCCCAGAGCAGCCACACCCCUUCCAGCAGCACCGCCUGCCUGAGGAGCACAAGCAACAGCACCGUGCCCAGCCUCAGCAACAACAGCAACCGCCACAACAUGUGCUACAGACUCAGCAGGCCGUGUUAACUUGCUACGAACCGUACCGGCAACCUCCCCCUCUACAGACUCAGGCCGGCAGCGGUACGGUCAUCCUCCAGCCGACGAGAGCACCCCCUUGGCAGAAGACGUCGGGAAUACAGGCCGCCACGUACGACAGACGUGUGCCUUCGGUUCACCAGUGGACCGGAGUGGGUGCGAACGUCCCUCCCGACGACGCCUCCUCGACCUCUCGGCGCAAAGCGUCAGCGGCGGUGCAGGCCCCACUCUCCGUCGCCGCCUCCUCGCAGGCGGGGAGGCGGCCUCUGCUCCCUCAGCAGGUGCCCGCAUUACAAGUCCAGCCCCAGUCGCAGGCCCAGCAACAGCAACCCCAGCAGCUGUACCUGCCGGCCCACUUUGCAGAGGAUGUGAGCGGCUACCUGUCGCAGCAGGGCCAGAAUGUGGGCUUCCUGUGCCACAGCCCGGGUGCUGUCUGUUCUCAGCAGUCACAGCAGCCUCCUCAGGCCCAGCAGCCAUGGGCCUGCCAAACUGUAUUUCAAAGCUGUGCAUCAAAAUUAGGUUUUCCUCCUUGA